AUGCCCAAGCACGAGCGAACAGAUUCGUCCUGCAAAUCUACUAGUACGAGUAGUAAAAAGCUCAAAGUUGUAUCGGCACCACCUGCUUUUUCUCCAAUUAAGGUCGCAUCGAAACAGAAUGCAGACACUGCUGAUCUCAAUCCUCCUUUCCAGCAGCUAUUACUCGCCAUGAGAAAUACUGUUAGCACCCCAUUAAAGAGUGACUGUGUCGUUUUCUGGAUGCGAAUGACAGACCUCCGUGUCAAGGACAACAGAGCACUCGCUCGAGCGUCACAGCAAGCCGCCAGUGACGGGGUUCCAUUGGUAGCCUUGUUCGUGGUUAGCCCUCAAGACUUCGUGGCGCACGACAGAAGUUCCCGAAAAAUCGAUUUCACACUUCGUAACCUGGUGUCCAUAAAGUGUCGACUGGCAGAGCUUCACAUUCCUCUCCACGUUGCCACUUUGCCAAGGAGGAAAACCGUCGUCUCUGAGGUCAUCAUCUUCCUCGAUUCCAUCGGCUGCAAUCACGUUUUCGCCAACAUUGAAUAUGAAGUGGACGAACUCAGGCGGGACAUCGAAUUAUGCAGUAAAGCUCGGGAGAUUUCCAAGCAGGUCAGCCUGUACCACAACAAGUCAGUAGUCGAACCGGGGAUCAUUCAGUCAAAAGGCGGAAAGGGAUAUGCUGUAUACUCGCCCUAUGCCAGGCAGUGGGUGUCGAUUGUCAACAGCCACCUUUCUGAUUACCUGGAAGAAGCUCAAGAUCCUGCUCCGAACGGCGCGGCAGUCCGGAGUUGUCCAAAAAUUGGCCCUUUGUUCCUGUCUGAGAUCCCUUCAUAUGUGGAAGGGUUUGUGUUGGACCCUGAAGAUUCCAUGAUCAUGAGAGAACUUUGGCCAGAGGGAGAGGAUGCGGCUUCACAGAUCUUGCAACGAUUCCUACAGACGAAAGCGCGCGCAUCUCAACUGGAGGCCCGAGGUCCUCUCAACGAAGGAGUAACUUACGACGUCAAACACAAUCGGAUCUCCAAGUACCACACCGACCGGGACCGUGCAGACAAAGAUACGACCAGUCGCUUGAGUCCUUACCUCUCUUCUGGAGUGAUCUCCAUUCGAGAGGUGCUACGUGCUAUUUUGAAGGUCACUGGAGCUCAACAAUUGAAUACUGAUUCGAAGACGGGAGCGGGAAGGUUCAUCUCCGAGCUAGCGUGGCGAGAUUUCUAUACAGAUGUUCUGGCAUCUUACCCUCGUAUCUCGAUGGGCCGCCCUUUCCUCGAAAAGUACUCGGGAAUCAUCUGGGAGAACCAUCAAGCCCCUGCCAACUCCAAGGACCCAGCUGGUACCGAGAUGGAUGCUGAAGCACUCUUCAGGUGGAAGCGAGGAACGACUGGAGUUCCAAUAGUCGACGCGGCCAUGCGCUGUCUGAACAAAAUGGGCUGGGUGCAUAAUCGGAUGAGGAUGAUUGUCGCCAUGUACCUCACGAAACAUCUCAUGAUUGACUGGCGUGUCGGAGAACGGUACUUCAUGCAGACGCUGGUCGAUGGGGACCUGGCGUCCAACAACGGAGGCUGGCAAUGGAGCGCGAGCACCGGAGUAGACCCAUGCCCGUAUUUCCGGAUCUUCAACCCGCAUACUCAGAGCUUGAAGGCUGAUCCUACAGGCGAUUUUAUUCGUCACUGGGUGCCAGAGUUGCGCAACUUGAGAGGGCUAGGUGGCUUCAGUCUCUUCGGUUCCACUUCCAAUCCUCGUGACACCCACCUCAUGUGUAACGAGUUUGGCAAUGUGAUGCGCCCAUCCAGGUCCUUCAACACUGCCAACACCCGUACAUUGAGCAGCAAAGGCUCCAUGUCCUCCGUUUCUUCUUCCAGGACAUCCUCUUCGACCACUUCCACCAAGUCCUCCAUCAAGAAGUGGUUCGGUUUCAACUAG